AAUAAAACUAAUCAACAAGAUGGUGGUUUUGAAAAAUUAACGGGAUAUCUGAUAGUCUAUCCUAAGCAUUUUAUACAUUUAAUAGAAGGCGACGAGGACAUCAUACAUAUACAUUUAAAGUAUCUAUUUGAACACGAGAAUUACGAUAAAAAAUUUGGACAAAUCAAACUUCUUACGAUGAUUGCACACAUAAACAGAAGAUUAAUUAACGAUUGGGGAUACUACUAUGGAAUACCACCAACCCUAUCAGAAACUGCAGCUAAGUCUGAAAUGAGUUUAACGCAAAUAACAAUAAACUGCGUUUUGAAAAUAUAUAAUUUAGUUAACCAAAUAGUUAAUGAGUAUGACGGCACUUCUAAAUUGCGAUCUGAUAGAUUGAAUGUUUCAUCUAAAACACACGAAUCACCGGAUUUAACUUUAUCAUUUCACGGAAUCGGUAUCGGAACCGGAAAAUUAUGCAGAUUAAACAAAAAUAACAAUUUUGGUUGUUUUCUGCCGGAAAUCGAAUUGUUGGAUACUAUUCUUGAAUCGAACCGGACCAUUAGUUUGAUGGAAUAUUUUCACAAUAGCAGACGCGUACCGCAAAGAAAUUUAGAAAAAGAUAACGUUUGGCCUGUUCCUACAGAUUUCAUCCCGUUCGAUGUUUUCGAUAAAGUCUACGAUACAAUCACUGUUUUACCUAAACCAACAAUAUUAAUGGGAAAAAAUAACGAAGACGAAUAAGAUACUACAAAAGAUUUAGUUUCACUUUUAAUUUCAAAUUAAUGAUAUUUCUAUUAGAAAUUGGAUUUGAAUUGAUCAAUUAUCGUUAUAAUUACUUCUAGAUAUAUACGGGGAUGGGAAAAAGUAUUGAAAUAAAAAUUAAUCGAAAGGAAGGCAAGCUAAAGCCGAAAUUACACGAUACGUCUAACGUUUGCGACAACAUUCACCUUCCAACGUUGACUCAACAUUAGAAUAAGGUCGAAAACAUGGUAAAGAAGUGAUGUACAAAUAUAACAAACCCUUUUUAUGGAUAAUUCUUUGCGUGUAGUACUAACAACUAGAUACUAUCGAAUAUACGAGGUAUUUUCACGAUGCUACAACAGUUGUAAGCGCGCUAGUUAUUCUGGAUUCUAGAAAUUGUAGCAAAUAUUCAGAUCUACUGAAAAAUCAAAUGAUUCAUAAAGGACUCCAGCAUGAUUUAACUUCCUGCAAUGAUCAAUAGGUAAAACGAAAUUUCUAAAUCGAUGCUGUAGACUUUGAAUGGCCUACACGUUCUCCAGGACUUUUACCUGAAGUAAAUAUGAUUUACCCUGUUUAUAAUAGAGAUUGUCCCAACUAAAUUUCAAAAGAUGUAAUCUGAACUAUCUACAGAACUAGUACUAAGUGUCAUUUACGUCUAUAAAGAUAUUUACUUGGUUCUUAGUUCUAAUCAACCCUGUAUAUAUAUAUAUAUUUCUUUUUGAAUUUUUGUCGUAAUUAGAUAAAAGUUUGAUGUUAUAUCGAAUUUGGUGCUUUUUAAAGUCAAGUGGCAUUGUCGCAUGCUAUAAUUAAUUUCAGUUAACAACUAAAUGUUUUUAACCUAUUUAAAUUCUAAAUAUUCAAAUUGUAAUUGUAAAAUAAAUAGUGUUUAUCAUUUUUCUUAUCUGAAA